AGGUGACGCUGCGGGGCGGGCGGACGGACUGCGGGGUGGAAGGUGGACGCAGGGACGCGGAUCUAGCUCCGGCCCCGCCGCCGAUCCGACCCCCGCUGUCGUUACCGCCAUGACGGGGCUAGCACUGCUCUACUCCGGGGUCUUCGUGGCCUUCUGGGCCUGCGCGCUAGUCGUGGGAAUCUGCUACACCAUUUUUGACUUGGGCUUCCGCUUUGAUGUGGCCUGGUUCCUGACCGAGACUUCCCCCUUCAUGUGGUCAAACCUGGGCAUUGGUCUGGCCAUCUCCCUGUCUGUGGUUGGAGCGGCCUGGGGCAUCUAUAUCACCGGCUCCUCCAUCAUUGGGGGAGGGGUGAAGGCCCCCAGGAUCAAAACCAAGAACCUGGUGAGCAUCAUCUUUUGUGAGGCUGUGGCCAUCUACGGCAUCAUCAUGGCGAUCGUCAUUAGCAACAUGGCUGAGCCUUUCAGUGCCACCGACCCCCAGGCCAUUGGCCAUCGGAACUACCAUGCAGGCUACUCCAUGUUCGGAGCUGGCCUCACAGUGGGCCUGUCGAACCUCUUCUGUGGAGUCUGCGUGGGCAUCGUGGGCAGUGGAGCCGCCCUGGCCGACGCUCAGAACCCCAGCCUCUUUGUAAAGAUUCUCAUCGUAGAGAUCUUUGGCAGCGCCAUCGGCCUCUUCGGGGUCAUCGUUGCAAUCCUUCAGACCUCCAGAGUGAAGAUGGGUGACUAGACCAUCUGUGGGGGGGGCCGCGCCCCCUCUUAUUUAUUGUUGGUUUCCUGGGACAGCUGGAGCUGUGCCCCGUAGUUGUUCAGGGCGCCCCUGAACCCACCUCUCACUGCCUGUCACCUGGGAGGCCUCGCCCUCCAGGCGGAACCCUGUGUGGGGGAGUGGGCUGCUGAUGGCGACGUUCAUGCAGCUGUGCACCUGUGGCCCCACCUCCACCUGUCACCCCGUCCCUGUGUUUGUGAAAUAAACGUGAUUGUCUGGGUUC